CUCAGAAUCAGAAAGCAUGUAGAAAAACUUGUCUGUAUUACUCAGACAUGGAAGGUAAAUGAAGGUGUCAUGUGUGGUGCUGAAUGCAUGUAGCGUUUGAAAGGUGCUUUCUUCAUGUGUAUGUAUGUGUGUGUAGGCGUGUUUCGGUGAGCAUGUGUAAGACAUCUGUCGUUCCCAGUUCAUGUGUGUGUGUGAGCAUAAUCUAAAUCAUGUGGAGGUGAGAGCAUCGGCGUGCAGAGCGGUAGGAGUGAGAAGAUUGCCCUGCUGGAGUUUGUUUGUGACAGAGCGCAUGACGUCCGAGCUCACGCACAGGGAUCACGAACUCACAAACACAAGACUUACACUCUGGAUUACUGUCUUCAGACACACAUGUUCUGCACAUUGACAUGCUUUUACAAAGAAUGCAAUCCUGAAGGAAAUACAAAUUUCUUUUAUAUCACGUGUUUGUCCUAGAAAGGAGAUUUGCCAAGAUACCAUAGUCUGCAGUCUUUUCCAUUUUGAUUUUUGAAUGCAAUCAUCCAGAGUUUGAAUAUUUCAAGCAGACAAUCAAGAUUGUUUAGUGUUUUGUGCCAACCAAAUGGCUUUUCUUCUCUGAAUUUCAUUGUCAUCUCAUCACAGAAGUAGACUUUGUUCUGUUGGGGUUUAAAUGGUGUCUUUGGGAAAUUGUCCUUUCCAAAUUGAAUGUGCUCUCUGCUGCCGGCGUGCCUACAGUAGGUGAUGCUGGGUCAUCAUUAGCUAAAGCCAUCCUAUGAACCCUGCCACCCAGGGGCUGUCAAUUUGUGUAGCGUGCUGGGCAGAAUUUCACCUUGAACUCCUCAGUCUAAAUUUAGUAUGGCACGCCAAGCACUGAUAGCUCUCUAACCAGAGAACCCUGUCAAACUAUUUUGUUUUGGACAGACGGUAUCAUGUACACUGUGUUCGCAAAGUUUCAUUUUGAUGAGGCUGUUUGUGCGAGCCAUGCAAAUUAAAAUAAUUAAAAAUGCAUUUAGAACACAACUGAAGUGAUUCACAUGACAUCUGCUAGUCUUUCAAUGAUUCAAAAUUGCUAUGUUAAAACUAUGGCUUAGAUGUUAGCAUAGCAGUUAGCAUAUUAAGGCUACUCUGACAUAUGAGUAUGUUUACAUGCACACCAAUACACACCAAAAAAUUAGCUGAUUCAAAAAUCUGACAAUGCAAGAAAACGAUGUUUACAUGAGACUUCAAAUCAUCUGAUUAUUCUCUGCAUUUGAUAACACUUAUGCACAUUGCCAGUAAGAAUGGCAGUAAAUGUGUUUACUUGCAAUGUGAAAUCGGGGUAAUGAGCAAAAAUCAUCCUGUGUUGACCGGUGUAUGCUUUUUUGACAUUUUAUCAUUUGCAGGAUAUGAAUUAUAGAUAUCUACUAUAUAAUUUUCACUUAUUAAAAUGUUAAUUCUCUAUAUCAGCAAUGGAAUUACUAGUGAAAUGCUACAUUUUAUAUCAUUACUUAGGCUUGCAAAACUUUAAUCCUUGUUAUAAAAAAUUACCUCAUUACUCGUGGGAAUACUCAUCCUUGAUUCAACUAGCAAAAAAAAAGAAAAAAUAUGAUCUCUGUAAAUUUGCAAUUUCUCUAGUUGUAAUUCAGCUGUUGAUAUCAGGAAUGGACAUUUGCACUAGUAACAUUGUAAUUAUUGAUAUAAAGAAAUAUAGUUUUUGCUAGUAAUUAGUAAAUUGCUGAUAUGUAAUUGCAAUUACAGAUAUCAAGAAUCACAGUUUGAAUUAGUUGAAAUACCAAUUUUGAAAUCAAGAAUGUGUAUUUCUGCAAAUGUUGACAGUAUAACAGUACAACUAGUGCAAAUGUAAUUACUAAUAUCAACAAUUAGCACUUUCACUAGUAGUUAUUCCAAUUCACAUAUCAGGAAUUUGCAUUUUAACUAGUGACAAUUGAAUUUUUUAUAUCUAUAAUUUAUAUCCUGUGAAUGAAUAAAUGUCAAGUGCACUUGCCAUAAUUUUAAAUAGGAGUGAAUAACAAAUCAUUAUAAAAUUCAGUACCAGAUAUAAAAAAAUUACGGCUUUUACUAAUUCCAUUUUUUAUAUCAAAACUAGAUAUUUCUGUGAGUAAUGACACCAUUUUUUGAAAAUUGACGUUUUCACUAGUACAAACUGAAUUACUGAAAUUAAAAAUUUCCCUAGUAUUUUCCCUAGCAGUAAUUCCAUUGCUGAUGUCAAGAAUUAACAUUUGAACUCAUGAAAAUUGAAUUGUAGAUGUCUAUAAUUGAUAUCCAGCACAUGAUUAAAUGUCCAAAGGUCUUGCAAUAGUCAGCUUAUUAAGCAUAAUCGGUGUAAGAUGGUGCCAUGGAGCUCAAGUGGGUGACGUGUGUUUGAAUCCUCUUGCCACUUUUUGAUCGCCCCCUCUUCUCAUCAUUCAUUCUCAUCUCUUCACUGUUGUAUCAAUUAAAGUGGAAAAAACGCUAAAUAGUUUGACAAAAAUGGAAUCUACUGUGUUGCUAAUACAUUUUCAGUCACCAUGUAUCAAACCUGACCUACUGUACUCUAAUUGUAAAGGCCUCAGAGAAGUAACAGGGUGACGUGCCUUCCUAGUGGAAUGAAAGUCCAAAACAUGCUGGUCUUGUUAGAUGGGUUGACAACAAAUCUACAACCUAGGGCCUAAGCCAUAAGAACAUAUCAGUUACGUUUACAAAGAGGAAGUUUGGACUAAUGAAGAAGGCCUACGAGCUGAGCGUUCUGUGUGACUGUGAGAUUGCCCUCAUCAUCUUCAACAGCACGAACAAACUUUUCCAGUACGCCAGCACCGACAUGGACAAAGUUCUGCUCAAAUAUACAGAGUACAACGAGCCCCACGAGAGUCGGACGAAUUCGGACAUUGUGGAGACUCUAAGGAAAAAGGGUCUAAACGGCUGUGACAGCCCUGAUAUUGAUGCUGAAGAUUCCGGACACAGUCCAGAGUCUGAAGACAAGUAUCGCAAAAUCACUGAAGAUAUUGACCUGAUGAUCAGCAGGCAGAGAUUGUGUGCCAUCCCCCCCUCCAAUUAUGACAUGCCUGUCUCAAUCCCUGCGAGCAACCCCAACAGUCUGAUCUACAGCCACCCGGGAGCGUCGCUGGGCAACCCCAACCUGCUGCCGCUGGCCCACCCUUCUCUCCAGAGGAACAGCAUGUCCCCUGGAGUGACUCACCGGCCCCCGAGUGCUGGCAACACAGGUGGCCUCAUGGGUCCAGACCUCGGCAGCGGAUUGGGCACCAGUGCUGGAAAUGGGUACGGGAACCACCGCAACUCCCCUGGUCUGCUGGUCUCUCCGGGGAGCAUGAGUAAGAACAUGCAGACCAAGUCUCCUCCACCCAUGACCAUGAACAUGAGCAACCGUAAACCUGACCUCCGAGUGCUGAUCCCCCCCGGCUCAAAGAACACCAUGCCCUCCAUCUCUGAGGAUGUCGACAUUCUUCUGAACCAGAGAAUAAACAACUCCCAGUCAGCACAGUCCUUGAGCACCCCAGUGGUGUCUGUAGCCACGCCCACUCUGCCAGGACAGGGACAGGGUAUGGGUGGCUACCCAUCAGCCCUCUCUACCUCAUACGGUACAGAAUAUUCUCUCAGCAGUGGAGACCUGUCCUCUUUGUCAGGUUUUAACAGCUCUGCUUCUCUUCAUCUGGGUUCAAUGACCGGCUGGCAACAAAACAUGCAGCAUUCUGGUCUUGGACAUUUAGGGAACUGCACCAGCACACAGUUGUGUCAGAGCUCCACCCUUUCCCUACCAUCCAAUCAGAGCCUGCACAUCAAAUCCGAACCCGUCUCUCCUCCCCGAGACAGGGCCGGGGGCACCCCGGGUGGCUACGGCCAGCCUCUGCCCCAUCAACCACAGCAGCAACAAGCAUCUCAACAGGGUCAACUGCGGCAAGACGCAGGCCACUCACCCAUCGACAGCCUGAGCAGCUGCGGCAGUUCGUACGAGGGCAGCGACCGUGAGGAGCACCGCACCGACUUCCACUCACCCAUGGGACUGCUGAGACCCUCUCAGGACGAGCGACACAGCCCGUCCGUCAAACGCAUGCGCCUGUCCGAGGGCUGGGCCUCGUGAUUGGCUCCGCCCACCGGCGGCACCGCCCCUCAAGGAGGGCUUUUCUAUGUGGAGAUUUCACUUUAUAGUAUUAUAUUUGUUUCUGCGGAGUGUGAGUGCUACAGCAAGUAUUACAGUAUAUAUAAGAUAAACAGGGAGGGUGGGUGUGUUUGUGAUUUGGGGUUGGGGCAAGGGACAUGCAUCGCUUGUGCCAUGUGUGGGGAAAACGAAAAAAAAAAUAUACAUGCAAUUUUACAUACGUGUGUAUGUAUGUAUACAAGCAUACAGGAUAAAAAAAGAGAAGUCUGGUACUCUUGUUUGGUAAAGCUACUUUUUAGUUCAGUAAUAUAUUAUGCAUAAUUAAUUUAGUAUAGAGAUGCAUUGAUGUGUCUCAGGGCUUGUACAAGUAAUAUUCCCGUACAAACCGGGGCCUUUAUGCUCACCGUCAAUGCUCACUAACUUGCAAAUGUAUGUUAUCACAGGCAUUGUUGUGUUGCAGGUUCAACGUAUUUUUGUAAAUAGGGGACGAUGAGGCUUUUGGGUAAAUAAGCUGCCAGGAUAUGCAGAUUUAUUUACGAAUAACGUACAGAGAGAGAGAGACACCACACACCAUUUUAAGAAUACAUAUUCAAGGGCCCGGGCCCGAGGAUUGUGCACAAUUAAGAAUACAAACAGCAUCAGGAAUUGUUCUAAAUAAAAAGGAUUCUAUUGUAAAUGUUAAUGAUAUUUAGAGCAAUGUUAACAACUUAUCCUAUCCUAUCCCCGGUGGAGACAAUGUACAAAACAUUUUGCUUAUAUUUUCAUAAAAAAUGCAGAGCAUUUGUUGCUACCUGUUGACCACAUGAGUCAGAAUGUGAUUUCAAGCUUUGCCGAUGUUGAACAGAAAGGUAAAGCUGUGUGAGCUCCAAAAAUAAAGCCAUAUAAACAAUUUA